AUGUCAACAACAAACUACUCCAUCCCCUCCAUCCUCGCCGCAUACGGCCUCGGCCUAGCUCCUCACGGCUACUACCUCGUGAAAAUGAUGUCUAACGCGAAAGGCCAAUCGAGCAAUAUCCUACCACGAGAAAACCUCUCCACCCUCAAAGGCAAAAUCCACGCUCAAGUAUGGGACAAACUAGCCCGUGCUCGAGGUGCGCAUUUAAAUGCGAUGGAGGGAUUGCCUAUGUUUGCUGCUGCUAUGAUUGCGGGAAACGUAGCAAAGCUACCAUCUAGUGAACUCAACACGCUGGCGGUGGAAUAUAUCGGGGCUCGGAUUUUAUAUACAGCGCUGUAUAUGGGAGCUCGAUCCGAGGCAGCGAGUUAUCUACGCACGGGGGUGUGGGCGUGGAGCUUAUCGAUUCCUAUUUGGGGACUUAUUCGUGCUGGGAGGGUGUUGAAUGAUGAUUGA